AUGGGAACAACCAAGCAAAACAAAAGCCAUCCUAAAUCCACAAAGCAGUACUUCUUACUGGAGGAAAGAGACAGGCUGAAGAACUCGGCUGGUGGGGUCCAAGGUGGCAGUGCUAAUGCCAUUGCAUCCAACAGAGGAAUAAGCCAGGCCAGCCAGAGCAGUGACAAAGGUGCCUUUUCUGCCUCACAAGAUGACAAGCAGGAGACCAGCCACCUCAAGGGUGUGCAUGGCCACAGUGGGUCCUCACACAGCACGGGGAAUAAACAGGAGGGACUGGAGCUCUGCGUGCAGUCACAGGGCCAUGAUCUCAUUGCAGUCACAGGCUUUUCAGGAAAGACAGGCCAGCAAGACGAGGUGGGGGAGCUGCUCUUUAUGCCACCUGAUGAGAAAGAAGUCAAUGAGUCCUUCUACAGCCAGCUAGAAGUACCCUCACAAUUGCAGGCCCUGGUUCUCGUGGGUGACUUCAACCCCCGUGAUAUUUGCCUGAAAAGCAAGAUGGCGAGGCACACACCAUCCAGGAGGCUCCUGCAGAGCAUUGAGGAUAACUUUUUGACACAGACAAAUUUGAAGGAGUGUGUCUCUGUCUUUUUGCAUAGGAAACAGCUGAAAAGCACUUCUAAGUAUAUUUAUCAGACUCUGUUUGUGAAUGGGGAGAACAGCGAUGUCAAAAUUUGUGCUCUGGGAGAGGAGUGGAACUUGCAUAAGAUCUAUUUGUGCCAGUCAGGCUACUUUUCCAGUAUGUUCAGUGGAGCUUGGAAAGAAUCUAGCAUGAACAUCAUAGAGUUGGAGAUUCCUGACCCAAACAUUGAUACAGAAGCUCUACAGGUGGCUUUUGGCUCGCUGUACAGAGAUGAUGUAUUAAUAAAACCCAGUCGAGUAGUUGCCCUUUUAGCAGCAGCCUGCAUGCUGCAGCUUGAUGACUUAAUCCAGCAAUGUGGUGAAACAAUGAAGGAAACCAUUAAUGCAGAAACUGUGUGUGGUUAUUACAAUUCAGCGGCAACAUAUGGGUUAGACUCUGUGAAGAAAAAGUGCCUGGAAUGGCUCUUGAAUAACCUGAUGCCUCACCAGAGUGUGGCGCUCUUCAAAGACCUCAGCAUAAACCUCAUGAAACAGCUGAUUAGUUCUUCUGACCUACUUGUAGUGCAAGUGGAAAUGGAUGUGUACACCGCUCUCAAAAAGUGGAUGUUCCUCCAGCUAGUGCCUACUUGGAAUGGGUCUUUGAAACAACUCUUAACCGAAGCUGAUGCGUGGUUUGCCAGGCGCAGGAGAGAUUUUGAGGAUGACGUUGCCUUCCUGGAAUCGGAACAGGGGAAUGCGUUCCUGUCGGUGUUCACACACUUGAGAUUACAGUAUAUCAUCAGUGACUUGGCGUCAGCCAGAAUUAUUGAGAGAGAUUCCCUAAUGCCCUCAGAAUGGCUGUCCUCUGUUUACAAACAGCAGUGGCUUGCCGUGCUCAGAGCAGAACAAGGCAAUGAUAUUGGGCCUCAGGAAGUAAAUAAAGAGGAACUGGAAGGAAACAGCAUGAGGUGUGGUCGAAAACUUGCAGAGGGUGGCCAUUACUGCUGGCGGUGGACUGGGUUCAACUUUGGCUUUGACCUUCUUGUCACUUAUACAAAUGGUUACAUCAUUUUCAAGCGGAAUACGCUGGAUCAGCCGUGCAGUGGAUCAGUCAGUCUGCAGCCUCGGAGAAACAUAGCCUUCAGGUUACGUGUAACCUCUUUUGAUAGCAGCGGGAAAGUUACUUUCAGUAGAACAACAGGAUAUCAGAUUCUAACCUUUCAGAAGGACCAGGAGCAGAUAGUGAUGAAUUUGGACAGAAGCCUCCUGACCUUCCCGCUCUACAUCUUCUGUAACUUUUUGUACACAUCGCCAGAGAAGACGACCGACAGCGAGGCACUGCCAGAUAACUCAGAAACCUGAGACCUCUUUAUAUAUUAUAUAUCUAUAUAUUUUAUAUAUAUAUAUAUGGCCUUAGUAUACUCCUAUGCAUAUCUGAAAAGAUCAUCAGAAAUUGUGUAGGCCAAAACUAGUUAUCCCAUAUGUUUUUUUAAUUUCUGUUCUGCACCUGCAGACAGUAGCCAUUCCGUGGUUAAGAAAUGUUAGACUUUUUAUUUUCCUGGGUGAAAACUGAGCCAAAUGGGACAGGGGGAGUUUGUGUGAAUGACAUCUUACGAACUUUCCUGUCAGAUUCUGAGCACGCAUUGUAGGACGCGUGGUUUUUGUAGUGUCUUAUUUGUUUGUGGGUUGGUUUUUUUUUUUAAAUGACUGAUCUGUAAAUACCA